AUGCAGAAUUAUGCACUUUUGGGAAUCACUCUUUUAUUAGUGGUUGUGUACAUGUUAAUGACCACUAUAGAAAAGACUACCUCAUAUUUUGGAAAGAGAUCAUCACUUACUCAAAUAGAAGACAAACAUGAGUCACUGAGAAAACAAAGAAGAGAAAUGCUACAACACUAUUAUUGGGCUUAAUCAAAUAAUGAGAGAGAUAAAGAGAAGAAACUUGAAACUUAAAUCUUUAAGAUUGAUGAUGAAUUAGAAGAGUUGAAAAAUGACUAUGAAUCACUUAAAGCAGGCAAGAAAGUUCCUUUGAAGAAAAUAUGAUUUAAAUACAUUCAUUAAUCAGAAAUCAUCUCUAAGU